AUGAGUGAUAUAGAUGAAUAUGAUGAUGAUGAUGAUGGUACGACUACUGUGAUCAGUGAGAAUAAUACAAGUGUGUAUGGUCAACAACAGGAACAAAGUCAAUCUACACAGAAACAUAAUGAUGGGUCUUCAUCGUCGGCGGCGGCUGAUGUUAGUCAGCUCACCCCUGCCAUACUAAGAAACAAGUACAAGGACUUUCAAGACGACAGUAAGAUCAGAUCACACGACUAUCUCAACGACGAACAGAAGAAGUCAAAGCUCGAACUUGGCCAGAAGCUUCAUCUUUAUGCUAGGAAGGGACUGCUUAAUGGAGUGAUCAAGGCGAUACAGGAUGGCGCAUUUGUUGAUUAUAUCGCUUGUGGAUACUCGGCAUUGGGAUACGCUGCGUUCUAUGGUCACUUUGAGAUCGCGAGAUGGCUGCUAAAGAUUGCCGAGGCAUCAGUGGACUUGGUCAUUCUACAAGGCACAACAGCACUGGGCGUGGCAAUUACACAGCGUCAGCAUGACUUGGUCGCAUUGUUGCUACACAUGGGUGCCAAUCCAUCAUUCAAGAGCCCCGCUGCUGGCGGCAAGACAGUGUUUCAUCAAGCGGUCGCAUCAAACGACGCUGAGAUCGUAUCAAUGAUGCUUGGAUCGGAGCGUGUCGACAUUGAAGAGGUGGAUGAAGAGGGCAAUGGAUGGCUACACGAGGCGGCCACCUACUCAAACAAGGCUGUCCUGGAGCAGAUCGUUCAUGAAGGUCUGCCCGUGGAGCUACAGAACAACCAAGGCAAGACUGCACUGCAUCGUGCCAUCAUUGCCAAGAACAUGCCCGCAGUAGAAUACCUCGUGCACUUUGAACGAUUGAUCGACAUGCCCGAUGCCAAUGGAUACACAGCAUUGCAUUUUGGAGUGAUUGGCUAUCAACCUGAUGUUGUCAAGCUGUUGGUAGAGUCUGGCGCUGAUACAAUGUCGACGGAUUCAAUCGCAUCAUUCACACCUAAACAGUUGGCAAGGUCUAAAGGCUAUAUGGACAUUUAUGGAUUCCUGGAUCGAUAUCCACCAUUCGACAAUGAGGCGGAUACACAAGAGAGUCAAAUCUCACUCAAUGAUAUACUUGGAGAGUAUAACAACAAGGCUCCAAGGACACCAAAGAAGAAGGCUUCAUCAUCCAAGGUCGAUGGCGAUGCGGGCAAAGCAAAGGACAAGAAGGACAAGAAGGACAAGAAAGAGAGAAAGAAGAAGGAGAAGAAGGACAAAGGCGAUGUGGACAAAGAGAAGGAGAGGAAGGAGAAGAAAGAGAGGAAGAAGAAGAAGAAAGAGGAGAAAUCUAAGAACAAGGACAAGGAUGGCGAGGAACAGGAUGAAGAUGGAAAGCAGAAGGAUGAAGCUGAUAGCGAAGAUGGUCCAAAGGAGGUGACAGAGGAUGGCGAAGUGAUUCAUCUGACAUUCCAGAGGGAGACAUCAAAGAGGAAAUCAAAGAAAUCAAAGUCAAAGACAAAGUCAAAGUCAAAGACAAAGAAGAAGGACAAAGACAAGGACAAGGACAAGGACAAGUCAGCGAGUACUGCCAAGGAGUCAGAGUCGGAUGAACCAAAGUCAAAGUCAAAGACCAAGUCAAGGAGCAGCAGCGCAAAGGAGAGAAGCAGACUGAAGAAGCUUCAGGAAGAGGAGGAAGCUGAACGUGAGGAAUUGGAAAUCGAGAUGAUUCAAUCAGAUCCAGUUGAACAUGGCGCAAAGAUGUCAUUGGAUGAUGUGGACCCAAAGGUGCCGGCCAAAAGGAGGUCAAGAGCAUCACGUCAAUAUUUAUUGAGUGACAGCGAGGACGAUGUACAAUCACAGAUUCAAGACGGGGAUGAUGGAGUCAAGCCUCAACAGAUCUUCAUGCGCAUUAGGAACUAUGGAAGAGCAAUCCCUACCGACGACGAGGAAGAAGAGGCCAACAAGAAGAGACUGAGAAUCGAUGAGGAAGAUGAGGAAGAUGUCGCGGCCGAGUCUGCACCACAGGCAGAGCCCGAACAGGAGGCAACACCAGAGCCUGAGCCAACACCAACACACAGGAAGAAGAGAGCGCGAGCAUCAAGACCCACUCCGAUCUAA